AUGGUGCCAACGCCACCGAACAUUGUUUUUUAUGUUCGGAAUGUCAAUGUUUGGUUCUACAUUUGGCUGUACGUUUCUUUAGUGCCUGUGUCCGCACAAAAUUCAAUAUUUUCAAGUUUACUCGAAAUUGUGAAGAUGCCUGACACUGGUUUGCGCAACUAUGGACCUACGCCAACGCUUGAGAAGGAGGGUACGUUCGUAGAACCGCUACCGGCACCAUGCAACCCUACUGGGUCGCCGGACUGGCAUCGGAUGACACCUUUUGAGCGUCUCCAUGUCCAUCACACAUUGGCAAGCGCACGUCGUUACGUUCACUUCAAACCGUUGGUCGGAUUGAGUCCGACGGACGCAUUGGACAUUACGCUAGAAGCGGACUAUAAUCAGAGCAGCGGCUACUUCUGCGACCCGAUUGAUGUGAUCCUGCAGCGCGUUACUUUCGGUGAGGAUGACCGCCGGCGUCUGCGUAAUAUCUUGGAUGUACCGAAACCUUCCGACCCGAUUGGCAGUGCUAAUAGGCGGGUUGAGCAGGAGGAAGCCGCGCAUAAUCGCUACGGUCCAUACAACUCAGCCGGUCACCAAAGCACGAUGGAGAAGUGGAGAUAUCCGACUGACCAGUAUGGCCGCUACGAUGGUUAUCACGAGCUAUACGUCACCGGGCUCAAGGAGCGUCGCAACCGGAACUGCGUGAAGCUCAUGCAUUCUUCGCACCACUCGCCGCAAACCAAUGCCGGGUAUUCGCGGCAGGACAGGGACGGCAGCACUUACCAGUAUUAAAUACGAUAUUAGAAGAAUGUGUUUAGCACACUAGCUCGCUAAAGAUCACUAUUGCCGGCAUUUACAAUCGGUCAAUUGUAAUUAAUCGGACUACGAUUCCGAAAUUGCCUCCAAGAACAUGCGUUGUUCUUGUAUGAAUAAAUAAUCAGGUGUGCGGCUUCUGCGCGCUGCGUUUAAUUUCAA